AUGCCUGACUUCAAGCUCUCCGCGUCCCUUGAGGGCCAUGGCGAUGAUGUUCGUGCCGUGGCCUUCCCAAACCCGAAUGCAGUCUUCUCGGCGUCUCGUGAUGCCACUGCGUUCAUCAACACCCUAGCCUACCUCCCUCCCACAGCCCAAUACCCCGAGGGUCUUGUUCUUUCUGGUGGUCAAGAUACAAUCAUCGAGGCUCGACAGCCCGGGAAAUCAGCAGACGACAAUGCUGAUGCAAUGCUACUGGGACAUGCCCAUAACAUCUGCGCAUUGGACGUGUCUCCUGACUCACAAUGGGUGGUCAGUGGUAGCUGGGAUUCGACUGCUCGCAUUUGGAAAGUUGGUCAAUGGGAAACUGAUAGAAUCCUUGAUGGUCAUGAAGGAAGUGUCUGGGCUGUGCUGGCCUACGACGAGAACACUAUCAUCACUGGAUGUGCCGACAAAAUGAUCCGCAUUUUUGAUACCGCCGGCAAUCUUCGAGGAAGCGUCAAGAACUCCGACGAUGUCGUCCGAGCCCUGUGUAAAGUUCCAGCGUCAAAUCCAACAGGCGCACAGUUCGCCUCCGCCAGCAACGAUGGAACGAUCAGACUUUACACCCUAGAAGGACGUUUGGUGGCUUCUCUGCAUGGCCACGAGAGCUUCGUCUACUCACUUGCCGCCCUGCCAUCCGGAGAGCUGGUGAGCUCCGGCGAGGACCGCACAGUGAAGGUAUGGAAUGGAACCGAGUGCGUUCAGACCAUUACUCACCCGGCGAUCUCGGUCUGGAGUGUUGCUGCAUGUGGUGAGAAUGGUGAUAUUGUUACUGGUGCUAGCGAUCGUGUUACGCGUAUCUUUACUAGAAGCCCAGACCGAAUCGCUUCCCCGGAAGCUGUGGCACAAUUUGAUCAAGCAGUCAAGGAGUCUUCUAUCCCAGCUGAGCAGGUUGGAAAGAUAAACAAAGAGCAACUACCCGGCCCAGAGUUCCUCCAGCAAAAGUCUGGAACGAAGGAAGGUCAAGUUCAGAUGAUUCACCAGACAGAUGGCAGUGUCACAGCCCACACCUGGUCAUCUGCAACGCAGGAGUGGAUAGCUGUAGGUACUGUGGUUGAAUCGGCAGGAAGCAGUGGACGCAAGACAGAAUACCUCGGACACGACUACGAUUAUGUGUUCGAUGUCGAUAUUGAGGACGGCAAACCACCUCUCAAACUCCCAUAUAAUGUUUCUCAAAACCCAUACGAAGCGGCCACCAAGUUCAUCGGAGACAACGAGCUACCUAUUUCAUAUCUCGAUCAAGUUGCCAACUUCAUCACGCAGAACACACAGGGAGCAGUCAUCGGCCAGUCCCAGGAAGCGACACCGGCCGGUGGAGAUCCCUGGGGCUCAGAGCGACGAUACCGACCCGGGGACGCUACGUCAGAAGAAACCCAGCAACCCGCUCCUGAACCACUCCCGAAGGUUCUCCCCCAGAAAACCUAUCUCUCAAUUAAGACGGCAAACCUUAAGAUCAUCACGAAAAAGCUUCAAGAAAUCAACGACAAGCUUAUUUCAGAGGGUGAAAAGGGCACUACAUUAGUUACCUCCGAGAUCGAUGCGGUCGUCGCGUUAUGUGGCCAACUGGAAUCUGGCCAGCAACUUGCCGACUCGCCCAUUCUCGAGGCCGGUGUCCCAUUGGUUUUCAGGGCCGCCACCUCAUGGCCGGCUGCGAACAGACUCCCGGCACUGGAUCUCCUUCGCCUGUUAGCCGCUGCUGCACCUUUUGUCGCAACUACGGAGUAUAACGGAGAGAAUCUGGUAUCAGGCCUGUUAGCCAGUGGGGCCUUCGAUGCACCAUUAAGCCCGAACAAUGCGAUGCUCGUCGUCCGCACAUUUGCCAACCUGUUCGAGACCGCCGCUGGUUGGGAUUUAGCCAUCAACACAUUCGACUUGAUUGUGACCGGUGUCAAAUCCGCACUGGCUAAUAGCGGCGAGUCGCCGAAUCGCAACCUCACCAUCGCCAUCACAACCCUUUAUAUUAACUUUGCUGUCUACAUAACCUCUGAGGGAAGAGAGCAGACCCCUGAAUCUGCAGAGAAGGCCCUGGUCCUGCUUGAGGAAUUGACUAAGAUCAUCGCCAACGAGAAGGAUUCCGAAGCAGUCUACCGUGGACUCGUCGCCCUGGGUACUAUAACCAAGGCCCUGGGCGCCGAAGUCAAGAGUGCCGCGAAGGAAGUUUACGAAGUCGACAGUGUUCUUUCCCGGGUCUCGGGAUCAGGUGCUGGCAAGGAACCACGAGUGAAGGGUAUUAUUCAAGAAAUGAGAGAGGCUCUCUAA